GUAAAUAAGGACAAGAAGGUCAAGAAGGAGUAAGCAACAGAAAGAGUCGUAUAAUGAUGGGGGAGGAACGAAAAAGACGAGGUGACGGUAGACGAAGAGCAUGAAGAGAGAGAGAGAGAAAAGCAGCAAUCCGACAUACCAAACACCAUUCAAUUCGAGACGUCCCCGCGAGCCAUCGCGUCUUUCCCAUUUCCCUUCUCUCCUCACAGCAUUUUCAUCACAGUUAUUAUUACUUACUACUAUGUGGCUUUCCCCUGUAAUGUACGUAUGCAUGCGCUACACGGAGGCGUUUUUAGGAAGCUUGGGAGGGGGGCGGCGGCGGCGGCGGCGGCAGAGAGCAAGCAGCAAACCCCCCCUUCCAGCGUACGUGGGUUCGUUCGGUUUCGACGAGGUGAUCGUCUGGGUAAUAAUCACACACAUACAUAGAGACGGCAUGAAUAGAAUGGGAACAGGACAAUACGUGUUGGCUCGAUCCGCCCCCGUCGCUUGUUUCUAUUGUCCUACUAAUUACAUUCGUUUGCUUCUAAUUCAAGACGUGUCUUCUCGUCGUGGAUGAGAGGGAGGGACGGAACACCCCCUGCACCGGCGUAGCUAUGGACUCGGAAGCUUUCGACGUGAUAUCGCCUCCUCUCUGUGUCUCUAUCUCUCUUUUCCCCCCAGGAAGGAAAACGCCAUAGAGUAUAACGAUUCUCUCUCUUUUCUUUAUGUUCCUCCCCCCUCCACCCCCCUCUAAUUUCCACUCUUCCCUCGGUUGUUCCUUUGAUACCUUUGUGGCGGCGCCGCGGUGUUUCCCCUCCUUCUC